CUUUGCUCAAUAUAUGUCUCAAGGUCGAUUCCGCGUCGCUCUGAUCCUUUAGAGCAGGAAGUCCGUCGGAUAAUUGUUCUUUGUGAGCUCGCAUUUUUGCAGACAACAAUGCGGGUGGCGCUCUUCGCAGGUCUCGUCGCGCUUGCCGCUGCCGCAAGCCAGCCGCAGCAGCCACCGCGGUACACUGGCGUCGUCUCCGAAGCUUUCGGCAGCUGUAUCUUCAAUCAGCAUGAAGGCUCACCUUUGCAAGUCGAUCUUGGCUACGACAUCUACAAAGGCAGACUUGAUAGAAAUAGGAACCACAACAUUUUCCAAGGGAUCCGCUUUGCGCAAGCUCCUGUCGGCAAGCUACGAUGGCAGGCGCCACAGCCUCCGUUGAUCAACCGGACUGCUGUCAUCGAUGCUUCCUUCUUCAGCAAACAGUGCCCGCAAAGUCCGGGAGCGUCACUCGACCUCGCUGUCACUGACAAUGGCGAAGGCUCCGAAGACUGCCUAUUCUUGAACGUGUGGACCCCAAGUAAUGCCACAAGUGGUCCACUGCCGGUGUUAGUUUGGUUCCAUGGUGGUGGCUACGGUCUUGGAAAUGGUCGUAACGACCCAGGUCCCUUGAUCAGUACAAGCGGGAAUCGCUUCGUCGUCGUCACGACACAAUAUCGUCUCGGCGCAUUUGGAUUUCUCGCGUCUGAUGAAGUCCACCGUCGCGGCGUGGUCAAUGCCGGUCUUCUCGAUCAAGAAGCUGCUUUGAGAUGGGUACAGAAGUACAUUCAUCACUUCAAUGGAGACCCGGACCAGGUGACAAUUUUUGGUGAGAGCGCAGGUGCGGGAAGCGUCAUGCUGCUGGAUGUAGCGUAUGGCGGCACGCUCGGGACAUCACUGUUCAGAGGCUCCAUCGCCGCGAGUCCAUAUCUACCAAUGCAGUACGGCUACAGGGACUGGAUCCCGUCACAGGCAUAUUAUGCUUUUGCCUCGGCGGCUGGCUGCUAUAACCAUGAACCGUACGGUCACAAGCAAUCAACCACCAUCUUUGACUGUCUCGUCAAAGCCAAAACGUCUACGCUCAUGAAUGCGAGCGCAGAUGUUUCUCAGGCGGGACUUUUCGGCACUUGGGCAUUCCUCCCGACUACUGAUGGAGCCUUUUUGCAAGACAUCCCAAGCCGUCUCCUCCUCCAGGGUAAGGUCAACGGACUCAACGCUCUCGUAGGAAACAACGCCAAUGAAGGCUGGGCAUUCACGCCAUCCAUCAUCUUCAACAAUUCCGACCUCGUUUCCUGGCUCCAUCGCACAUUCCCGCUCUUUUCCAACAACGACAUCGCUCGCGUGCUGAACCACUACCCGCCAGAAGACAACUCUACUGCGUUCGAAUCGCCUCCCUACAAUACUUCACAUGAUCGUGCCGCUCUCAUCUUCGGCGAAGCGACCUUCGUGUGCCCAAGCUACUGGCUCGCCGAAGCCUACGCGAAUAGCGAGCAGAUGCAGAGUUUCAAGUACCAAUUUUCACCCGUUCCAGCGCUGCACGGCAAUGAUGUCGCCGCCUAUUUCUCGACACCGGGGACGGCACCGAAUUCCGCAGACUUGCAGGAAGCAUUCCAAAGUCUAAUAGGGAACUUUGUCAUAAACUCGAAUCCGUCCAUAGCCAAUAAGGUCGCCAAUGGGGUUUCCGCUGGGAACAACGCCACUGCUAACCCGGCGAGUACAUGGCCGCCUUUUUCAUCUUGGGCGCCGUUGCAAAUUGAUCUCAAUACAACUUGUGAUGGGUUGGGCGUUACCCGUGUGCCGUUCGGCUACGGAGCCCCUUUCUUCUACUGCGAUGGACCUGGAGUGAAGAAUAAUAUCACAUUGACGAAUGCAUACACUACGGUUCGUGGACGCGGAGCGAGAUGCGAAUUCUGGAGGGCAAUGGGAGAUCGAGUGCCGGGAUGAGAAUUACAAAAGAAAUUUGCAGUAAACGGAAUCGAUGUUUGGAAAUGAGUCAAGGGCCAGAUGCCAUUAUAUAUAGUGUGUGUGUCGGCAGCGAUCAACAAAGCCAAAGUUCGACUUCAUCUUUCGGAACGGGCGACUUUUUCUUGUCUU